AUGUGGCCUCAUAAGAGUGUUCUUGAGCCGGAGUCCAACUAUUCUUCCGUUGAAAUGAUUCGGCCGAAUGAGGCUAAUGGUGGCUACUAUUCCGGCUUGAAUCAACCGCCCGGUGAGGAGUACACCGCUGACCGACCGAGUGUCUGUCAGCCUCAUUCAUACUCCAACCAGCCGACCGAGCUCACUUGCUCGGCCACCUACGCGUAUCCAGCAGCUCUUCAAACGCCCGACAGAAGUGUCAGCCAUGCGUACCACGACUUCCAGACGCCACGAUGCACCGCUUUGACCGCUCAAACGACCGGCCAGUUGGGCUCGGUCCGUCCGGCGGAAGUCGAACUGCAAUCGGGCUCGCGACUGAGACGCAGUAAUGAAGUCCAGCCGACCGGACGUGGCUACGAUGUUAUGCCGGACCUGGUGACGGCGGCCUGUUGCCACCUGACGCCAGCAUGUCUGCGAGAAACAGGUGCUGAGAAGACGACGUCGACACAAGACAAACCAGCUCGUGGAAAGAAGGAGGGUGAGUUGGCUGAUUUAGGGCGUAGCGAAGCGUCUGAUGAAAUGGAUAACCAACUGAUGAUUGAUAGGCUUUCAGCACAGCUUGAAGCCAUCUUCGUCCGCCUUCAUUCGAAAGUAUAUAAACACAAAUGGGCUGACUUCCCUUUAGGUUCAAUUCUCCUUUGGCUGACCUCGUUUUCGAAAUUUAAACGUGCUUUUUCACGGGGCAACAGUAUUCAUGAUAUUUUUCGUGGAUUUGUUAGGUUCCAUGAAGAUUGGCAGCAUCGAGAUUGA